UUGACAGAAAUCAACAGUUACUGCUUAUCCAAGAUGUAUCAACUGAUGAGGAUCUUCUCAUUAAUUGGAGACACUGAAUCAUCAAAGAAAGCACUGGCAGCAUGGAAGCAGUUAUGUCUUCCCAGAAUUGCAGGAGGAUUGAACAUACUACACAUUCCCACAUGGAACAAGGCUGCCAUUUGUAAAAUGCUUUGGAACUUGUGCAAAAAAGAAGACAAGCUAUGGGUGAGAUGGGUGCAUGCCUACUAUUUCAAGGGACAAACCAAGGGACAAACUAUAUAUGCAACUUCCUACCUAAACAAGCUUCGUCAAUGUUGUAAAAGAUUUUCAAGGAUGUUAAGACUCUUGAGGAGGCUGGUUGGAAUGUCAUAUGGUUCAAGACUCUACAACAUUCUCUAUUAAACAUAUGUAUACUAAGCUCAGAGGUGAUCAUCCAAAAGUAGCAUGGAGAAGGUUGACUUGUAAUAACUUGGGAGCUCCUAAAUGGAUUUUCAUCCUGUUUCUGGCUCUUCAUGGAAAAUGGUAUACCAGAAAUAUGUACCAGAAAUAGGCUUAAGAAGUGGCAUCUCAUUAAGGAUAGUGUUUGUCCCUUGUGUGAUGGAGUGGAGGAAUCUGUGGACCAUCUCUUCUUCUUAUGCCCUUACUCUACGGCUGUUUGGGAACCACUGUUAACUUGGCAAAGUUAUAAUAAAGAGCUAUGGCAUGGAGUGCAGAAGUGGAAUGGAUGAUAGAAAAUGUGAAUGGCAAAGUUGAUAACUCACAAAUUUGCAGAAUUGUACUUGCUGGAUAGGUGUAUUUACUAUGGCAGGAGAGGAACAAUAGAGUAUUUCAAGGCAAGAGUCGACCUCCGAAUG